AUGACCGAUGUCGAAGAAUGGAAGGCAGCAUGGAAGAGAGCAAAGGCUCGGACGGAUAGAGAUAAUAAGAAAAUGAUAGCUGGUUUCAAAAAGAUGACUGAUGCCCAAGAAUGGAAGGCAGCAUGGAAGAGAGCAAAGGCUCAAACGGACAGGGAUAACAAGAAAAUAAUAGUGUUCGAUAUCCCGGGUUCUACGAUCGAUUUCGAGCAAGAGAUAUGUAAUGAAGGGCGUCCUUGUCCUGGCUUAGUCUUGCUAUACGCUAGGAUGGGCCUUCAUCGCUACAAUUUGCUGGAGGGUACAAAGUUUGAGCUGAGUGGCGUAACGAAAUACGUACAAUCAAAGGGUACUUGUGCUUGCUGUUACUACAUAACUCUGGAUGCAAUUGAUCCAGCUGUUGGCUCCUCGCUUCAAACUUUUCAGACUGAAGUAUCAGAGCAAAGUUUUGGCAGAUAUAUUCUCAUGGGACAAACCAGUGGCAGAGGAGCGUCUUUUGUAGAUAGUAGCUUGCCUGAGUGGCCGGCAGAGAAUCCUUUUCAAAAAUAUUACCUCGUGAAGGAAUCAGAGCUGCAAGACAAUGACUGGAUUCUUCUGUAUAUUGAACUUGCUAUUGCCAUAGUUACGAACAGCGAAGGUAAGGAUUUUGGUCCUCCCAAGUUGGAGAUUGUUAAGGUGGCCAUGGAUGCGAAAGAUGAGGGACUCAAUGCCUUAAAUGCGAUUUUCUACGUAAGGUACAAGGACUUGAACGAGGCUGAGAUUGGUAAGGCUUUGGACCGCUUUGCUAUAGUUAGAAGACGCUUCCAUGAGGAUACGCAAUGCUUCAGUCUCGUUGGUUCCCAAGUUAACCAAAUAUGGACUCCAAAUGAAAGCUCUUCACCUCUAACCACACGUGAAAUCCAGAGGCAGGAGAAUCAAUAUAGUAACCAUAUUGCUAUCCGUACAUAG